AUGAGGAUGGCUACUCGAUGGACUGCAAAUGAAAGCGACACAGCUCCCGUACUUGGCGGCUUUUCCCUUGGCCACACCAGUCUUCGAGCGCGGACUCCCAACGAAGUUCAGGCGGAGAUUUUAGGGUGGAAUAUCCUCCUCAAAGGAUUAAAUGAAUCAGCAGCGGAUCUUAACAUUAGCAUGUCGAAGUCGGAAGCGCCGCAGAUUUACGAUCCAUUCCUAAAGAACAUGACUAUGACUGAUUUCGUUGCUGCAGUAUUAGGAUCUAUGGAAACGCAACAUAAUGUGAAGGUAACCACAUGAGU